GGGGAGUUCGGCUCGCUUCGUGCGAGCUCGGAGACCUGCGCCCGCGCAUACUACGCCGACGACGCCACGGCUACAGUCGCGUACAUCACAUUCGGAAAAUUUUCCACACAAUAAAUAAUACGGGGAUGAAAUUUUCACGUAAACACUAACGCGCGGAUGUGGACUUAUAGUUUGAACAUAUCAAUUGGAACAUUUUGUUGAACAUUUGUAAAGUGAACGAACAGUACGAGUGUAAAAAUGUUGUGGGAGAACAGUCACAACGAGGAAUCGGAUACGAUGCCACAGACGGUGCCCCGGUCUGGGUGCAGCCCCCCAUCGGCAUCCCAGGGCGAGAGAGCAGUGCCAACUUCCCCCGCUGACAUACACCACCUCCUGCGCCUUCUCGGUGCUGAAUCACCACCAGAACCGAUGUUGCACUCCCCCCCUACACACAUCAAACCUCCCCCACCAUAUCCAGAAGACAACAACUACCUCGAACGUCUCUACGACUUCGGAGACUACCCAACCCCUUCUCCAUCAUCCGACGAAGGAUCAAUCCCCACAGUGGCGUUCCACCCACCAUCCCCUUAUAACUCCCUGGAGUAUUCUCCAGUUUUCAUCAAAGAGGAACCACACAACAGGCUAACAGUGCCCGGGUUCGCCUCCCCCUAUCCCUUAUCCCCUUCAGGCUCCUGCGUGUCAUACGGCAGCCACAACCAAUAUCUAUCCCCCGUCCCGCAACACGACGAAUACAUAGAUAUUGAAGAUUUACUCAAAGAGAACCAGAUUUUACAAGAAAGCGUCCAGCAACAUUAUAUAACACCAAAAAUUGAAAUCGAAGAACCGAGAGAUCACAUUUUACUGCGUUCGGCGCUAGAAGACACAACCUUUCAAAAACGGCUUAAUUUAAGGCCUAUACCCUUAGAAUUAGGGAGUGUCAAAAUGGAAGAAAGUAGUGGAGGCACUGGAGAAGAACUCGUGACCCCUGUAAUCGAGCGCGUGCUCUCUAUGGCUAUUGAACAGUCCAAACGAGACGUGGACAAUACCUGCACCGUACUAGGUAUUUCACCAGAUCCUAUGCAAUGGAGCACGAGCGACGUGAAGGCGUGGGUCAUGUUCACACUGCAGCACUUCAACCUGGCGAUGGUGCCCACGGAGUACUUCGCCAUGGACGGCGCGGCGCUCGUCGCGCUCACGGAGGAGGACUUCAACCAGAGGGCGCCACAAGCGGGCAGCACGCUCUACGCUCAGCUGGAGAUCUGGAAAGCGGCGCGCCACGAGAGCUGGAGGAGUCAAUGGACGGAGCACGAGCCCUCCCCCACACCCGCACCCCCCCUGCCUUCCACUGAUGACUUGAGUGAUGAUGAAGAUUCAGAGUCAGCGGGCACGAGUGCGAGUCAGGGAGGAGGGAAAGUGAAGUCAGGCAGCACACACAUACACCUUUGGCAGUUCCUCAAGGAGCUUUUGGCGUCCCCACACAUACACGGAUCUGCGAUACGGUGGUUAGAUCGAAGUAACGGAAUCUUCAAAAUUGAAGAUUCAGUCCGAGUAGCCAGGCUGUGGGGCAAGAGAAAAAACAGGCCCGCGAUGAACUACGACAAACUGUCCAGAAGUAUUCGGCAGUACUACAAAAAAGGCAUCAUGAAGAAGACGGAACGGAGUCAGAGGCUCGUCUACCAGUUCUGCCAUCCGUAUUGCUUGUAGACUCCCGCGAUUACUUAGUAUAAGUUAAUUGUAAAUAUUUAUUGUAAAUAAGGGCGUGUGAGAGCCGCGGUAAUGCGGACACCUAGACGGCUGGUUGGGUUUUACGACGUGCGUAAAACUCAACGCAGUUUCAGAGUUUGUCGAUGACAUAGCAUCUCAAGAGGCGAGUAAACGUCCUUGGAUGUGAAAACAUCGAUUGACACUCCUCCAUAAAAUUCGAGAAAGGUAAUUUUCUCUAGAAUUCUAUUGGACGGAGGACACGGUUGCGUUAGUUUUAAGUUCUUUUUUACCAGCGACUAGAGGACGGCCAUCGAUCGAUGGAUCGGAUCGAUCGUUAAGAUCGGUCAUCGGCCGUCGCUCGAAACCUGGUAAUGUUUAUCCCAUAUAUCUAUGAUAUAUUUCUAGUACGUUCUAUGAACUUUUAGAUAAGCGAUUUGUAAAUAUUCGAAUGUAUGUUAAAACUAGAGCAUAAGUUUGCUCGCGUUCUCGUUUGAGUUAAUGAAGAGGUAAUUCUCAUUUAAUUUAAAACAAAUAAUUUAUAAUGAUUGUUCUUUGUAUUUGUAAACAACGUGUAAUGUUAGCAUUAAUUGAGCUAAUCAUGUUUACUCGUAUCGAUACAUUUGUGUGUGAGCACGCAUAUGGGAGACUUGCAAUUUAGGUAUAAUUUAUAUUAUAAGUUAUCACAGUGGUGUUUAUUAGUCGCACUCAAAUGUUUACUAGUUGACAGAAUAUAAAUAUCAAGCUGUCUGUCAAUUUAGAUUAGUUUUGUGCGCCAAAGAAUUUGCACCAUUGUAAUGUUAACUCUAAAUUCAAACCGAAUUUAGGGCCAUAUCACAUGCGAUACUCAUAUUAUCAUUAGGUAGUUAUUAGUAUUUGCGGAUUUUUCCGAAAUCAGUAUGGAAUUCACUAAAUACGCAAAUCGCUGAUCGAUGAUGAGAUGUAUGUGGUUUGGUCUAUAGAGUUGGAGAUUUCUUCGAAAAUUAUGCAAGAAAUUUGAAAAUUUUGUGCCAAAUAGACAAAGAUUAAAAUAUUUUAUUGGGGACAAAAUAUUUGUAUUAUCGGCAGCUCACCGAAGUGAACUUGUAAAAAACUUGUAAAAAAUGUAAUUUAAAGCGGUGAUGGUAAUGGGUCAUAGGCUAGUAUAUAAAUGUAAUGAACCCGCGACGCAGUUAGUGUCGACAUUAAUUAAAUUAAUAAAACUAAUGUAGAUUUUAUGAAUCGUGUAAUUAUUAUGUAAUUAUGUUGCAUCAAAAUAAAUGGCCAUUUUUAUAUGA